GAAAUAAAAUCGAAAGAUUCUCAAAUUGAUAAGAAAGAUAGCGAAAUAAAGUUAUUGCAAUCCAAGAGCAACUCACACUUGAAAACCUAAUUAAAGCGAACACUAUGCCCUCAAGCUGCCUGGGAAAAUUGACAGAUAUCUAUACGAUUAAGGUGCCCAACUUAGAGGCCUUCCUUGUGCCCUGUGACUCGAAAUUGGCCGACAACGGAUGGACUGUCAUUCAGCGUCGCGUGGAUGGAAGCGUGGAUUUCAAUCGCGACUGGGACCAAUACAAGGCCGGUUUCGGUGCUUUACAUGGAAGUUUCUUCAUAGGACUAGAGAAGUUACACCAUAUGACAGUAUCACAGCCCUACGAACUAUAUGUAUACCUUGAGGAUUUUGAGAAUAACACACGCUAUGCCAAAUAUAGUCACUUCCUAAUUGGCAGCGAGAAUGAGUCGUACAAGAUAAAUAAACUUGGAACUUAUUCUGGAAAUGCUGGUGAUUCCUUAAUUUAUCAUUUAAAUAUGAAAUUUUCAACACCAGACCGUGAUAAUGAUAAUUCGAAAGGAAACUGUGCAUCUUCUUUCAAAUCGGGUUGGUGGUAUUAUGAAUGUUAUAUGUGUAACCUAAAUGGGCAACAUGUUAACAAGUUUGUUGAGAAUCAGAAUCGUGGCAUUGAAUGGAGACAAUGGCAUACUAAUCCGCUGAGAUUUGUGCAAAUGAUGAUAAGGCCACAAUCCAAUUGAAUAAAAAAAUGAUUUAUUUUCGUUUUAUAGCAUGUCAUUUUAAAAGAAUAUGAUUUUAAAUUUGUACCAAUCUAAUUUGAUGACUUCUUAAACUUUUUAUUAUUUAUAUUUAUGUUUGUCAGAAUAUUACAUCUCUUCACUCCCUAACU